AUGCCCAUCAACACUUCAUCUUCCGACCAGGGUGUCACUGGCGCCGCCAAAUUCGUGACUUCCACCAUCGGUAACACCGUGGGCGGCGUGGCUCGUACAGUGGGAGGUGUCACCGGUGCAGCCGGUCGCGGCAUCGGAGACACCAUCACCGGCGCGACAGGGAGCCUCGGCAGACCUCUGGGCGACGGCUUGAACAACGCGGCCACGGGUCUUGAAAACGGCACGCGCAAGGUCGCUCAGGGCGUCGAAGACGCGGGGGAGUGGAAGAGUGGCGCAAAGAGAUUCUGA